UCAUUUGCUAAGUACAAAGAGCCUACCACACGACACGCUCGACUAGUUGGUGUUUAUUAAACGAUCUCGAAAAUAAAUGUAUUUUUGACGGGAGAACUCUCGUAGUUAUCUGUUAUUCUUAAAUAGUAAAAUUAGUGCAAUGAAUUUAUUAAACAGACAUUUUGCCUUUUUCUUUUUCUUUCUUAUUUUUAAGAUUAUGAGAACAUUAAAGAAUGUGUAAUAGUUUUAAGAGCAAUUAAAUUUGGAGCUAAAACAAUUCCUUUUUGAGUGCUGCCAUCUUGUGUUUUGUAACGUCAUCCUUUUAUUGCAUACGAUAACGUAGAAACCGGUAAUCAUUAAUUAAGGCAUAAUCGAUGUUUAUCGACUGCGAUUAUCAACGAUCGAUUGUAUUUAUCGACGAUAACAUCGAUACACAAGAUGGCAGUACAAUUUUUGGAAAUAUUUAAUUGCGCAUGCUCGCACCAAUGAAAUACAAAUGAGGUUAUGUUAUGGAUCUCUUGAUAGUAUAAUAAUAUGCCCAAAAAGGCAAUUAUUGUGCAACUGUGAUAUUAGAAUUUCAUUAAAUUAUUAUUUUGUUGUUGUGCAAGAAACAUGUCACUGAUAUAUAGUAAAUUAUGCUCAACUAUUUUGGGAGAACACUUUGGCCCUAUUGUACAACGUGUAGGAAAAGAUCUUUUUAUACACGGUAGCAGAACAUUACACCUUAUACGACAGAGUACUCGUCUUCCUCUUGUUAAGGUGAAGGAAUCCUUAUGUACUCUUAUUAAAUAUGGGCUUGUAAAUUAUUGGCAAAAUGAAACAUGUACAGAAUAUAGUUUAUUACCAGACAAAAUUAUUUUAAUGCUUCGAUAUCCAAGGUAUAUGUUCUUUGUAAAAAAUGUAUGCGGAGAUGAGUCAGAGAUAAUGCUGGAAGAAGUCCUGAAAAAUGGAUCUUUAACGUCAUCGCAGACUAUAAUGAAUGCAUAUAAAAAAAUUCAGCAAUCUGCUAAUGCAUGCAGUAAUAUACAAUCAUCUAUAUCAUCAUUGAAAGAUAAUUUCGAUUUACUAGUAAAAAAUCAAUUUCUUAUGCGCGAUUUGUGUACAAAUAUGAAAAGUGAUAUAGAUGAUAAGCCAAAUUUCGAUAUGCCACAAAUUAAUUUAAAAGCACUGGAAAACAUAAUUCAAGGAAAGGAAGACGAUCCUAAAGAUAAUAAUAUAUACUGGAAAGUUAAUUUUGAUCGAUUUAGUCAAGAUUUUAGGGAUCAAGUUAUUAUAUCAGCUAUACGUACAAGAUUUGACGAGGAUGCUGGAGAAUUAAUGAGACAAUUACUUUUUCUUAUGUACUUAAGAACAGCAUCGUGGGCAGAUACAUCUAAUCCAAUACCAUAUAUCGAAAUAAAAGAUGUAGUAAAAAAGUUAAACUAUCCAAGGCUUAUACAAUAUCUGGAUCAAUAUUUGAAUCUUAUCGAUGACGAUAAAAGUCAAUUUAUAAAACGUGUAGGAGAUUCUGGAGGUGGACAAUACAGUAUUAAUAUGAAGGAAGCUUUUAAUCAAUUAGCUUGGACAACGUUAGAAAAUAUCGUAAUGGAACGUUUUGGAUCGAAAGCUGCCAGAAUUUUUCGAUUGGUACGUAGUAAAAAAUUUGUCGAACAAGAACAGAUUCAACAGUUAGCCAUGAUACCUGCGAAAGAGGCGAAACAUUUGACGUACACGUUGUUGCAAGAGAAUUAUUUGCAAAUGCAAGAAAUGAAAAAGGCUGGUCCUUCAUCAGCACCGACGAAAACAUUUUUCUUAUUUCACAUAGAUUUAGAUCAGGUUGUCCAAAUGGAAAUUGAACAUUGUUAUCACGCUUUGUAUAACAUCAUGCAAAGAAGAGAUCACGAAGCGACAAGUAAUAAACGAAUGAUAGACAAACAGUUGCGUAUGCAAACACUAACAAGUAAUUUAAAAGAACACGGAGCUACCGAAGAACAAUUGGCAGAGAUCGCCGAAAUGAUGACACCAUCGGAGAAACAGCAUUUGGACAAAGUACAACACGUGAUUAAGAAAUUAGGUGCUACAGAGUUACAAAUAGAUGAGACUUUAUUUUUGUUAACUAUGUACGUGCGUUAUCACUAAUAUCGUAUAAUUUAUUUUGUAAAUAUGCGAUGAAUACUGUUAAACAUUACCUCAUCUUUUCAUAAUCAUUGAUAAUUAACAUAAGAGAACCUUUUUUUUUUUUAUAUCAUAUUGUAAAUAAUACUUAAACAAAACAAAUUGGUCUAAGUUUUGUAGAAACUUAAAAUAGUUUAAUACAGAAUACAAAUCCAUUGAGACACAUAAGUAUAUAUAUGUAUGUGCGUAUGUACACUGGAAUAUUGUAGAAAAAAAAAAAAGAAAAAAAAAAUUGGUACAAAGGUGUACGCUAAAAAAUGAAAAGCAAUCGAAUA